AUGGCAAAUGACCUGGACGCCCACGCGAAGCCGCCUGCGAAGUUGCGCGAAGUCUACAAGGAAUAUCAAAAGCUGAAGCCGGCCGCCUUGACCAACAGGCCCGACCUGAUCCAGUUCGACGAGGAUACUAGUCCAUCGAACGAUCAAGUGCUGGUGGCCAAGGGUACUCAACUGCCACAAGAGCUACGGCAAAUAUUCUUGGACUUUCUCAGCGAACGACCAGAGCAUCUGGAAGAUAUCAUGCCUGUUCGACUUGAUCAAUCUCCCAUCUACCAAGUACCAAACCUACCCGGCCUCCUAAUCUACCCAUCCCUCCUCCAACCCCAACUCCAACUCUCCCUCCUCGACAGACUCCUUCACCGGGACAUCUCCAACACAGCCCACAAAACCAACGUGCACCUCCACCACCACGUCCCAUAUCCUGAAGCAUCGGGCACUGGAGUCCCCGGCCUGCGUGCCUCUUAUUUCGCCCCCACUUCCUCAGAUCUCCUCUUCACCCCGAAGGACCCUGCCCUCCAUAAACCCCUCACAACGUCCCAAUUCCUCCAGAAGAAACUCCGCUGGUGCACCCUCGGCGGCCAGUACGACUGGACAGCGAAGCAAUAUCCCUCAGAUGCACCGCCGCCUUUCCCGCCAGACCUCAAGGACCUCAUCGAGAGGAUUUUUCCCAUGAAAGCCGAAGCCGCGAUCCUCAACCUCUAUUCGCCCGGUGACACUCUCAGCCUGCACCGAGACGUCAGCGAAGAGUGCGCGGCGCCGCUGGUUUCGAUCUCGCUGGGUUGUGACGCGGUUUUUAUUUGUGGGUUGGAGAGAGCCGAUGGGGAGGCGGAAGUUGCUGUUAUGAGGUUGAGGUCUGGGGAUGCGGUGCUCAUGAGUGGGGAGAGUCGGUAUGCGUGGCAUGGGGUUCCGAAGAUCGUGGAAGGGACGUGUCUGAAGGAGAUGGAGGAGUGGCCUGGAGAGGAGUUUGAUGAGUGGAGAGGGUGGAUGAGGGGGAAGAGGUUGAAUUUGAAUGUUAGGCAGAUGUUUGCUUGA